AUGCAUUGGUACGUGCUGCUGUGUGUGUGCUUCUCUUCUUAUACAUUCUGCUGCUACCCGUCAUACUCUGGUACUCCUAAGGUCCUCCUCUCCCCUUUCCCCCUCACACACAUGCCCGACAACUCACUGUUUCUCUUCCUGCACAUGCUACCCUUCCCCGUUGACUUUUCCUUGUGGCUCUUUGCAUUGGCAGACAAAUGUGUGCUCAAGAAGUGUGGUGGCAACGGCACAUGCACCAAGGACAGCAAUGGAGUGGCCUCCUGUGUUUGUGACGUGGGCUUUGCUCUUCAAACUGAUGGAAGGACAUGCACUGCUUCCUCGGCAGACACAUGUGUGCUUAAGAAGUGUGGUGGUAACAGCACGUGCGUGAAGAGCGCUGCAGGAGUGGCGUCCUGUGUUUGCAACACUGGAUUUGUGCUGCUACCUGAUGGCUUCACUUGCGCUGAUACAUGUGCACUCAAAGCGUGUGGUGGCAACGGCACGUGCACCAAGGACAGCGAUGGAGUGGCCUCCUGUGUUUGUGACGUGGGCUUCGUUCGUCAAACUGACAGCAGGACAUGCACUGAUCCAUGUGUGCUCAAGAACUGUGCUGGUGACACCAAGUGCAUCAAGAGCGCUGCAGGAGUGGCUUCCUGUGCUUGCGAGUCUGGCUUUGUGAUGCAGCCCGAUGGCACCACAUGUACUGACACCUGUGCCAUCAAGAGCUGCAAUCUUCCAGGCUCCGUUUGCGUGAAGGACGCUGCAGGCAUGGCCUCCUGUGUCUGCAAAAUGGGCUAUCAGAAUGUGUCGGGCGCGUGCACGGCACCUUCCCCCUGUGGGGUCUGCCCUGCAGGGGCCAGCUGCACUCCAGUUGCGUACAGUUCAGCAGUGUAUUGCCUCUGCCCUCCUGGUUCUGGCAUGACCGCAGCUGGUUGCGUCCUAGACGCCACCCCCACCGUCUCCUCUACCAGCUUCACCUACUACACGCUCCCAGGCUUCCGCGUAACGCCAGCCACCUACACCAUGCGCCUCACCUACAACGGCUGCACCAACCUCACAGCCUCCUCUGCGCCAGACAUCCAGUCGUAUGGCAGCGUGCAGAACGCCCCUGGAGGAGUGGGACAGUGCCUCGAGAUUCGCGCUUACUACCAGGCAGGGUGCAUCGGAACAUAUAGUUUGUUUCCUCUCUCGACAGGAACCGGCAUCAGCACUACGAGUAUUCCGGCUUAUUACGGGUAUCCUUUCCGCUCCUUCGGCUGCUCUAUCUUUGAGAACUGCACUCUCAACAGCUGCAGUGUGAACGGCAAGUGCGUUCAGGACAGUGCAGGAGUGGCCUUCUGUGCUUGUGAUGCUGGCUUUGUUCUGCAGCCUGACGGAAGGACGUGCGCUGCGGGCUGUGGGACCAAGAUCUGCGAUCCCACAACUGACUGUGUGAGGGACGCUUCAGGUGGUGCAUCCUGUGUGUGCAAGGCUGGCUAUCAGAACAUCUCCGGCAUUUGCCUCGGCCCCGCCACAUGUGGCAACUGCCCUACUGGAGCCACGUGCACUGUUGCUUUCGGCUACAUGCCAUACUGCAUCUGCCCUGCCGGCUAUGCCAUGACCAGCACUGGCUGCGUCAGCGGUGCGCUGCCCACUGUCUCCUCCACCAGCAUCACCUUCUACGACCAGAGCAAUUACACUAUCACACCUAACACCUACACCAUGCGCCUGGAAUACAACGGCUGCACCACCAUCCCUUCCUCAACUUCCUCAAAAAUCCGGUCGCUUUUGAUCAUACACAAGGUGUCCGGAGGGGUGGAGAACUGCUUUUCUGUGAGGCAAUACACUCAAGAGGGGUGCGUUGGAACGUACACUUCGUACCGUUCCUCUGGAUCUGGGAUGAGUGGCAUCGGUUACACAAACUUCCCUGCAUAUCCAUACCGUUCUUUCACCUGCGUUCAUUAA